AUGUUCUUACACGCCGCACAAGCGCCGCGUGGCGGCUUCCCGGGAUGCCCCGCCCAGAAGGAGGAUCUCCGCAUCCGCGCCUCUAUAGAGCGCAUCGACCAGCUAUUGAGCCGUGGACGCGAGCUUCUUCACGGCAACGACGGACGGCCCCGGGAUGCCACCUCGCCCGUAAAGGUGGAAACGCGGAAGCCGACUGCACCGCGUGUUGGGUCCGCUGUCCUCAGGCGGAGUCCGGCGUCCGGGCAAGACAACGGCAUCGCCGCCAUACAGCGCAGAUGGGGAGACGGAGUGUCACGCAGACGUGCCGUGGAGGUGGCCUGCUUGGAUAAACAUUCCCCUGGAAGCCUGAAAGCUUCCGAUGCAGCGCAUCUAGCGACCAAGCAUGGGCAAACACUGAAAAAAAUGCAUGGCGCCGCGCCGGCUGCCGCCGAUGCUGGCAACAAUGAACUGAAGGGCGUUUCUCUUACGGAGUUUCGCGACCGUAUCGGCAGGGAGUUGGUGGAGUACCGCAACCAUGGCCUUCUGCGGCGGAGGACAACGGAUGGGACCGUGGCGCCGGAGCAGCGGGUGGGACACGUGGGAAGGCGAUGCUGGCCGCCGCGGUAG